AGAUGGGAGUCAACAACUGUCCAAAGCCUGCAGGAAUGUUGGCUGUCGUGUUCACUCUGGCAGUUCUUGUUCAAAGUGCUUAUGGCAGAAUUCAUCACCAUAGAUUUGUGGUGAAGUCAAGUUCAUACACUAGGCUGUGCAGCACAAAGAAAAUCCUGACGGUGAACGGAAAGUUCCCCGGCCCGACUCUAACAGCUAGCAGAGGGGAUAGAUUGAUCAUCCAGUUCCACAACAAGGCUAAAUACAAUAUAACACUUCACUGGCAUGGAGUGAGACAGCCGAGAAAUCCAUGGUCGGACGGUGCGGAGUAUGUUAACCAGUGUCCUAUUAGGCCAGGGGAGAAGUUCACUUAUAAUGUUCAAUUGACAACAGAAGAAGGAACUAUGUGGUGGCAUGCACACAGUGGGUGGGCAAGAGCAACUGUACAUGGAAUGAUCAUUGUAUAUCCAAAGCCUGGGACUAGUUAUCCUUUUCCUAAGCCUUAUGCUGAGGUUCCCAUUAUUCUAGGGGAAUGGUGGAAAAAGAACGUGAUGGACAUACCAGGAAAUGCAAAUAAGACUGGAGGAGAACCAAUACUGUCUGAUGCUUACACUAUCAAUGGACAACCUGGUGAUCUGUAUCCAUGCUCCAAACAAGAAACUUUUAGAAUGAAUGUGAAGCAUGGAGAAAGAUAUCUCCUCAGAAUAGUCAGCGCUGUCAUGGACGAAAACGUCUUCUUCUCCGUCGCGCAACACAAACUUACCUUGGUGGGAACGGAUGGAUUCUACACGCAACCGUUUCAAACGGACUACAUCAUGAUCACUCCAGGCCAGUCGAUGGACGUUUUGUUGGAAGCAGAUCAACAGUCUAGUCAUUUAUAUUACAUGGCUGCUAGAGCUUAUUCAAGUGCAUUUGGAGCCGGUUUUGACAAGACUACAACGACAGGGAUUUUGCAGUAUGGAAGAGCAUCCGAUCAUUCUUCGUCUCCUAUUUUUCCUCGACUCCCUCCUUAUAACUCCACACAAGCAUCGACUGAAUUUUCGAGGAGAUUGAGAAGCCUGGCUAGCAGAGAGCACCCUAUUGAUGUUCCACUUAAGGUUGACACUCAUCUUUUUUUCACAGUUUCUGUCAACCUGAUCGACUGCAGGGGAAAUUCGUGCAAGGGUCCAUUUGGCAAAAGGUUCUCUGCCAGUUUGAACAACGUUAGUUUUGUCCAGCCUUCAGUUGACAUCCUGCAAGCUUAUUACCAUCACAUCCGUGGUGUUUUCGAGGGGAACUUUCCGAGAAAUCCUCCUGUGAAGUUUGAUUAUACAGGCAAGAACUUGCCUGAUAAUCUUCUUACACCGGAUUUUGGGACCAGGGCUUUGGUCUUGGAGUACAAUGCUAGUGUUGAGCUGAUUUUGCAGGGGACUAAUGUGCUGGCCAGUGAUAACCAUCCAAUUCACUUACAUGGGUAUGGCUUCUAUGUCGUGGGGUGGGGAUUUGGGAACUUUGACCCGGAAAAGGACCCUUUGGGGUAUAAUCUUGUUGACCCUCCUCAGGAGACAACGGUAGGCAUCCCUAAUAACGGUUGGGUUGCCAUCAGAUUCAGGGCAGAUAAUCCAGGGGUUUGGUUCAUGCACUGCCAUUUGGAGAGGCAUCAAAGCUGGGGAAUGAGUACAAUUAUAGUAGUGAGAAAUGGGGACACAGCUCAAACUAGACUACUUCCCCCACCCCAUGAUUUGCCUUCAUGUUGAGAUCCAUACAUAGCUUUUUGCAGAUUGUCUUUUAGAUGCUAAACUAGAGAAUGCAUUCAUUGUUGAUUCCUUAUCUAUUUUCUGAUUAGUUCAGAUAGUUUAUAAACUUUAGUAUUAGUUUAUCACGUCCAAAAUGCUUCUAUUAUAAACUAAUUCUCAA